ACCUUACUGCAGUGUGACUGUGUGGUAAGAUGGUGGCUGUGAUAAUGGGGCUUAAAGAAUGUGUGCUUGGGCUUUUAGUGCUGGUUGCAUUUGAUCAAGUGUACAGUGCCAGACUAGAACCCAGACUGUUUCACCCUCGAGUGUCUCAGCCCCGGGUGCUGACGGAAGAACCUCAAAGGGUUGAUCCUCUGCUUGGGGAGCAGUGGAGUCCAAUCCAAGGUCCUUAUGAAGUUCAGUCUCAGAGGCCCCAGCUGGCCCCACUUACUACAGAUCUGGCAUCUUCAAGUAUUCAGUCCAAACAAGAAUUGCGGGGCCCUGUCAGGGAGCUUACCUGGAAGUUCCCAAAGGUCCCAGAAGAGCCAGUACAGCCAGAUUUUAACUUUGAUUUGCAGCAGCCUCAACCUUCUGACAGUGUAGCAGUCCAGUGUUGGGAAAAUAGGGUGCAUGUGGAAGUGAAGCAGGACUUCUUUGGUACUGGCCAGCUGCUUGAGCCUUCUCUUCUGUCUCUAGGGGGCUGUGCUGUAGUGAACGUGGAUUCAGUUGCCAGAGUUCUGAUCUUUCAAUCUGAACUUCAUGAGUGUGGUAGUCAGCUUGUGGUGACUGACAAUGAGCUUGUCUACAUCUUUACUCUUGACUAUAGACCAGCAGAAUUCCAAAGCACUCCAAUUGUAAGGUCCAGUGCUGCUACAGUUGGUAUUGAAUGCCACUACCCCAGGAGACACAAUGUGAGCAGUAAUGAACUGCAGCCAGCUUGGAUCCCAUAUGCGUCCACCAAGGUUGCAGAGGACAUUCUGGUCUUCUCCCUGAAGAUCAUGACUGAUGACUGGAUGUUUGAAAGGCCUUCAAAGGUGUUCUUCCUGGGUGAUGUCUUAAAUAUUCAGGCAUCUGUGAAGCAGUACAACCAUGUUCCCCUUCGUAUAUUUGUGGACCACUGUGUUGCCACUACAGGCCCUGACGUGAACUCCGCUCCAGUGUAUUCUUUUAUUGAAAACCAUGGUUGCCUCACUGAUGCAAAGUAUACUGGCUCCAUGUCCAACUUUCUGCCCAGAGUGCACAAUGACAAACUCCAGUUUCAGUUGGAGGCCUUCAGGUUCCAACAAGAAAGCAGUGGUGCUAUUUACAUCACUUGUCUUCUAAAAGCAAGUGCAGCUACGGUGCAGGUUGACGAAAGUCAUAAGGCUUGUUCUUUUAAAGCAAAUGGAUGGGUAUCUUCUGAUGGAGGUGAGGAGGGGUGUGGCUGCUGUGACACAAGCUGUGAGUUGAGGACUGAUGGUGUGUCCAAAGUUCCAGGUUUCCAGUGGGAGGGAAGUUCCCAAGUUGGCCCUCUCCAGGUCUGGGAGAACCAACGUCAAGCCAACAAUGUGAUUUGAUUUCCUUUUUAAAUAAAGCUUUAAGUACUAA